GCGAGCCAGACAGAUGGAAUCCGCAAGUCAAAAAACCGAUUGCCGCCACUCCGGCCUUCAAUUCACUCAUGACGGCGAUUCUCAAAUUUCUAACAAAAUAAGAUCCGUUUCAAACGGUGAAUCGACGUCCGUCGUUAAUUCUAUCGAAUUCGACGUUUCUAGCGACAAAAAUCGUGGGAGUUCUUCUGUCAAUAUUUUGAGUCUUCCUCCGGAGCUUCUCGUUAGAAUUUUGGAGUUCGUUCCAGCUCGACAUGCGAUUCUGUUCGUCUCUUUGGUUUGUCGUCAGUUUUGGUUGUUGCUAUCGUCUCAUUCAUGGUGGAAAUUGCGAUAUGGCGCGCUGUGUGGGAGCAGGAGGGAUGACGUGGUUUCUGACGUCAGUGCAUUUGAUUGCAGGCAGAGCUGCGGCUGGAGGAAUGCUUGUGUUGAGAGAGAAGAUGCCAUUAAUUUGUGGGGAUCAACUGAAGUGAUGGAGAACAGCUGUUAUCAUUUGUUAGGUCACUAUGCUCCUAUCGAUUGUGUGAAGCUGUUGUCUGGGAAAGGAAAGCAACUGUGCUUGUCAGGUUCUAGAGACAGAUCAGUCAACGUGUGGGAUUUAGAUUUGAUAAGUCGUAAUGAGAAUUUUAAAGGAAACAAUCAGGCAGUAAUUGCAACAUGUGCAGGACACAAGGGUUGGGUUUGGUGCUUCGCUUCUCACUGGCCAGAAACUAACGUCGUUUGCUCAGGGGGUUGGGACAGUCAAGCUCGACUGUGGAGCCUCACCGAUUCCAAUCUCACUUUGCUCAGGGAUAUAAGGCAUUCUAAUAUAGUCUUAAGCUUAAACAUGCCAGAGCCCAAUGUUCUAAUCUCUGGAAGCGCUGACAACGAGACGAGACAUUAUGACCUUCGAGGUUCGGGUUGCUUGACUAGGACGGUUAGGAGUCAUCGAAUGCCAGUCUUGUGCUUGCAGACGACUGACAAGUUUGUCAUCAGUGGUAGCAGUGAUAAGACGAUAGCGAUUUGGGAUCGAAGAGCCGAUUGCGAGUACAAGAAGAUACAGGUACCGUUUACUGUACUUUCGUUGCAUUAUGGAUAUGGUCUGCUUCGAGCUGGAUGUUCGGAUGGUUCUGUUUAUACGUUCGUAAGAGAUGACUUUCAGCUGGUAGAAUCCUGUACGCGACACGAUAACAAAGUAACAGGAAUCUGUCACAACCUCGGCAUGACAGUCACGUGCUCAACAGACUCUACCAUCAAGAUAGCAGAGCCAUGCAUUGACCCACAAGUGAUGUGUUCAAUGGAAAACAGCGGCUGUCAAUUUGCAUCUCUUGAUUUCAAUGGGUCGUGUCUUGUUGCUGCCGGCGGUGGAAAGACAUCGAUGAAGUUGUACAAGCCUGCUGGUCGAUUUCAUUGAUUGAUUGUAACACGUACAGUGCUGUGAAUGUAUUGGAAAUGUUAGAUCUGUCUAUGUUUGCCUCAUCAGAGAUAGAAGAAGAUGUACAUACUAUAA